CCAUCCGUACCCCAGGGCCUCCACCAUGGCUCUGCGCUACCCCAUGGCCGUGGGCCUCAACAAGGGCCACAAGGUGACCAAGAACGUGAGCAAGCCGAGGCACCGCCGCCGCGGCGGGCGCCUCACCAAGCACACCAAGUUCGUUCGGGACAUGAUCCGAGAGGUGUGUGGCUUUGCCCCCUAUGAGCGGCGCGCCAUGGAGCUGCUCAAGGUCUCUAAGGACAAGAGGGCCCUGAAAUUCAUCAAGAAAAGGGUGGGGACGCACAUUCGCGCCAAGGUGGGGACACACAUUCGCGCCAAGAGGAAGAGAGAGGAGCUGAGCAAUGUCCUUGCAGCCAUGAGGAAGGCAGCAGCCAAGAAGGACUGAGCCCCAGCCCCUCCCUGUCUGUAAUAAAACCUGUUCAGAAAAAAAAAA